GUGCCCCGGGGCGCGCGCUGCGGCCCCGCGGCCUGCCCGCGCGUGUCCGCCAUGCCGAAGGCCAAGGGGAAGAGCCGGCGGCACAAGUACUCCUACAACCUCAACCGCAAGCGGCUCUACCGCAGCGCCCGCCGCCGCGCCGCGCCCCGCAUCGCCUGCUCGCACAUCCGCCAUGCCUGGGACCCGCACAAGUCGGUGGCGCAGAACCUGGCCGAGAUGGGCCUGGCCGAGGAUCCCAACAAGGCUGUCCCCAUCCCGAAGAAGCUGCUGGGGAUGGAAGUGGGAAGCGAUGGAGAGCAGCCAGGAAAGACAAUCGUGCGGAAGCCCUACGUGGUGAACGAGAUGGAACUGGAGGCCAGCCUCCCUGAGAAGAAGUCCAACACGCUGUCACGGGACCUCAUUGACUACGUGCGCUACAUGAUCCAGAACCACGGGGAGAACUACAAGGAAAUGGCUCGGGAUGAGAAGAACUACUACCAGGAUACUCCCAAACAGAUUAAGAGGAAGAUCAAUGUGUACAAGAAUUUUUAUCCCGAUGAGUACAAGAAUUUUGUUGCAUCACUCAAGCCAGAAAAAAUGGAAGUGCAGUGACUGUUCUUUUUAAUCAGGUUUACCUGCAAGUGCAAGCUUGACAUGAAUAUUUUCCAAACUGAAAAAGCCUCUGGUGAUGGAGGAAGAGCCCUCCCUAGGCAGUGAGGGUUUGACUAUCCUUGAAAGACUCUUUGGCACCGGCACUGACUGUGCUGUUCUGCUCACUUUCUGUGUGGCAGCCAUCUCUUUAGCUUUGCUAAAAUAAAAUACUCUUUCUAGCUGCUUGUGAA